AUGGAUAAAACACCAUUUACAUUACUGCCUAUUGGAACUGGUUCAGUAAAUACCUCUGACACGUCAACAGAAGGCCACUCUGUGUUUUCCCAGACUGAACACAAUAUAGUUGCAGCCUAUCUGAUUACAGCAGGGGUCAUAAGUAUUUUAAGUAAUAUUAUAGUCCUGGGAAUCUUUGUGAAAUAUAAGGAACUCAGAACAGCAACAAAUGCCAUUAUUAUUAACCUGGCAUUUACCGAUAUUGGAGUCAGCGGGAUUGGUUAUCCAAUGUCUGCUGCAUCUGAUCUUCAUGGAAGCUGGAAAUUUGGAAAUGUAGGAUGUCAGAUUUAUGCUGGCUUAAAUAUAUUUUUUGGAAUGGCAAGCAUAGGACUACUGACGGUUGUUGCUAUUGAUCGCUAUCUGACGAUCUGCAGACCUGACAUAGGAAGAAGAAUUACAGGUUACCACUACACAGCUCUGAUUUUGGCUGCAUGGAUAAAUGCGGUCUUCUGGUCUGUAAUGCCCAUAGUGGGCUGGUCAAGUUAUGCACCUGAUCCUACUGGAGCCACUUGCACAAUUAACUGGAGAAAAAAUGAUGCGUCCUUUGUUUCUUAUACAAUGAGUGUAGUAGCCAUAAAUUUUGUUGCACCUCUGAUUGUGAUGUUUUACUGCUAUUACAAUAUAUCUCGCAUCAUGAAAGGUUACGAAAGCAGAAAAAGCCUUGAGGGCAGCAAUGCCAACUGGUCAGAUGAAGCCGAUGUAACAAAGAUGUCUGUGGUGAUGAUAGUUAUGUUUCUGGUGGCCUGGUCUCCUUAUUCCAUCAUCUGCUUAUGGUCCUCCUUUGGUGAUCCCAAAAAAAUAUCUCCAGCAAUGGCUAUUAUAGCUCCUCUCUUUGCCAAGUCUUCAACCUUCUACAACCCCUGCAUUUAUGUCAUUGCGAAUAAAAAGUUCAGAAGAGCAAUCAUCUCCAUGCUGCAGUGCAAGUCAAGGCAGGAAAUGUCUCUAGGCAACCAGUUCCCAAUGAGUGUCUCCCAAAGCACCCUGACAUCAUAG